AUGGGGUUAGGACUCUUCAUAUCUUUCUUAGCAAUGGUUGUUUCCGCAAUUGUUGAGCAUUACAGAAGGAGAACCGCCAUAAGCCAAGGACUUAAAGACAAUGCAACUGCUCAGACCCCGUCUCAAGAUUUUAGAAGACCUAUUAACAUCUCAGCCAUGUGGCUUGUGCCACAGUAUGUGUUACUCGAUUUAGCAGAGGCUUUAACUGGGAUAGGACAGACAGAGUUUUUCUAUACCGAGUUUCCUAAAAGCAUGUCGAGCAUAGCUGCUGCGUUGUUUGGUCUAGGAAUGGCUGUGGCUAAUAUAUUGGCUAGUGUGAUACUUAAUGUAGUGAAGAAUAGCUCAAAGAAAGGUGGAGUGAGCUGGAUUGAAGAUAAUAUCAACAAGGGUCACUAUGAUUAUUACUAUUGGGUUUUAGCGGUCUUGAGCUUUGUUAAUAUUAUAUAUUACGUGGCGUGUAGCUUGUCGUAUGGUCCAACGGUGGAUGAGGUGAGGACUGAUAAGGUUAAUGGUGUGAGAGAGGAGGAACAAGAAGAAGUUGUUAAAAUAAAUUAA